AGCACCAGCUGAGCAAUGCACAGAGCAGUCCUGUAACCAACUUAUAUCAUCUUCAGCAUGAAGACAGCCACAGUGCCAAUGCUUCUGACCCUGACAUUUUAUCUCACACAAGAUGCUGCCAGUGGGAAAGGAAAUCAGGACCCAUGCACAAAAUUUCAAGCACUGAUGAAAAAUGGUAAGCUGUCGUGUUCCCAAGACAACAAUCCUUCUCAACAUCUCAAUGACAUCAUUUUCCAAAGUGAAUGCAUCUUGUGCAAAAAAAACACUGUGAAACAAGGAUCAGCUACCAAGAACAUGAAGAGUGUGAGGUUUUUGUCAAGAGCCACCAGGGCGACUGCCCCAGCAAAGUUGAAUUGUGAGAAUUUCAAGCAAAGAAGUAAAGAUGGGGAUUUCAUCUGUCCUUACGAGCCUUCUGCAGUUUGUGGCACAGAUGGAAAAACAUACCACAGCAGAUGUGAACUGUGUGCUGAGAAUGCAAAAAGCCAGAACAAUGUUGACAUAAAAAGUGAAGGUGAAUGUGGCAGCAGCCAUCUAGAGACGGAUAUGUGCAGUGAUUUUCGGGCCUAUGUGCAAGAUGGAAGACUCGGAUGUACAAGGGAAAAUGAUCCAAUCCGUGGUCCUGAUGGGAGGACACAUGGCAAUAGGUGUGCCAUGUGUGCUGAGCUCUUUUUAAAAGAAGCUCAAGAAAAUGCCACACGUCACAGAGAAAGCAGAAUCCGGAGAGAUGCAGAGAAGGAACUUUGCAAGGAAUUUGAAAACCAAGUGAGGAGUGGAAGACUCUUUUGUACCCGGGAAAGUGACCCAAUCCGUGGCCCUGAUGGCAAGAUGCAUGGGAACAAGUGUGCCCUCUGCGCUGAGAUAUUCAUGAAGCGUUUUACAGAAGAAAGAGGUAAAGCAGAGAAAAAUCAGAGAGAUGCUGAAGAAAGGGCUAAAGCUAAAAUGGAAAUUAAGAAAAGAUGUAGUGAAUUCCAGGAUCGUGCAAAGAAUGGAACACUGUUUUGUACCAGAGAAAAUGAUCCUAUUCGUGGUCUAGAUGGAAAAACACAUGGCAACCUGUGCUCCAUGUGCCAAGCUUUCUUCAAAACAGAAGCUGAAGAAAAGAAGGCUGAAGCUGGAACCAGAAACCGACGAGGGUCUGAAAAGUCAGAAACAUAUGCAAAGAUAUGUGAUGGAUUUCGCAAGGCCAGGAAGAAUGGACAACUAUAUUGCACCAGAGAGAAUGACCCAGUCAGGGGCCCUGAUGGGAAAAUCCAUGGCAACACAUGCUCCAUGUGUCAGGCUUUCUUUAUUCAAGAAGACAAAGCAAGAGCAAAGGUUAAAAGAGAAGCUGCAAAGGAAAUGUGCAGUGAGUUCCGGAACCAAGCAAAGAAUGGAGUGCUCAUGUGCACCAGAGAAAAUGACCCAGUUGUUGGGCCAGAUGGAAAAACACAUUCAAACAAGUGUGCAAUGUGUGCAAGUGUGUUUCUACUAGAAGAGGAAGAGAAGAAAAAAGAUGACAAAGGGGAGAAGGAGAAGGCUGAGGCUGGAAAGGCGAAGAGAGAAGCAGUACAGGAGCUAUGUAGUAAAUAUCGUACCCAGCUAAGAAAUGGGCGGCUCCCCUGCACCAGAAAGAAUUUCCCCAUUGAGGGCCUGGAUGGGAAGAUCUAUAAAAGCACCUGCUCCAUGUGUGAGGCCUUCUUCCAGCAAGAAGCAAAGGAAAAUGAAACUGGUUUCAGAGCAAAGGCUAAAAGAGAAGUUAAGGUUGAUUGCAGUGAAUUUCAGGCUCUUUUAAAAGGUGGACAACUUUUCUGCACACGAGAGAAUGAUCCUGUGCGUGGCCCAGAUGGCAAGACCCAUGGCAACAAGUGUGCCAUGUGCAAGGCUGUCUUCGAAAAAGAAAACGAAGAAAGGAAGAGGAAAGAAGGGGAAAAUCAGAGAAUCACUUCAGGCCAGAGCUCCAGUGGUGGGAAGGCUAAGGACGAAUGCGCUCCAUAUCGGGAAAGCAUGAAAAAUGGAGAACUCAGCUGUACUCGGGAGAGUGAACCUGUACGUGGUGCCGAUGGGAAGCCAUACAACAAUAAAUGUGUCAUGUGUAAAGAGCUACUGCAGAGAGAAUUGGAUGAAAAAAACAAGAAUUCUGCCUCAAGAUCGAAUGGGACUGGAUCAGAAAAAAAGGAUGUGUGUGAUGAGUUUAGAAGCCAAAUGAAAAAUGGAAAACUCCUCUGCACUCGGGAAAGCGACCCUACCCGAGGUCCAGAUGGCAAGACUCAUGGCAAUAAGUGUGCCAUGUGCAAGGAAAGACUGGAAAGAGAAGCUGCUGAAAAGAAAAAGAAAGAGGAUGAAGACAAGAGAAACACAGGGGCAAACAAGGGCGAUAAGGAGGAUCAAUGCCAUGAAUUCCGGAGCAUGCAACUAGAUGGAAGGCUGAUCUGCACCAGAGAAAAUGAUCCCUUUCAAGGCCCAGAUGGCAAGACUCAUGUUAACAAGUGUGCCAUGUGUCAAGUGAUGUUUGAGCGCGAAGCUAAUGAAAGAAAAAUGAGAGGUGAAGAAAACUCACGCCCCCAGCCCACAAAUGAAGCAAAGGACCAGUGUGGAGAAGUUCAUAACACAGCAGAUAAUGCCAAACCUAGGCAGGCUAGGAGUUCUUUGUCCUCCAUCCGUGGGAACAGUGAAGAUGAGUGCAGUGAGUUUCGAAAUCUCAUGAUGAAUGAAAAGCUUAUCUGUCCAGAAACGGAUGAACCAGUGCGUGGUGCUGAUGGAUCCUUUUAUCAGAACAAGUGCCACAUGUGCAGAGAUGUCCUUGAAAAGGAAGCUUUGGAAAGGUCAGAGUUUCAAGAAAAGUCAUCACACAUUAGGUCUACUAAAGAAGGUGAUCCAGAAUUUUCCAGCUCCUCUCUGGACUCUGACAUGUGUAAAAACUACCGAAUAAUACCCAGGAUGGGUUAUCUUUGCCCAAAGAAUUUAAACCCUGUCUGUGGUGAUGACGGCCAAACAUAUGCCAACCCUUGUAUGCUCUGUCAUGAAAACCUGAUGCGUCAGACUAAUACACAGAUACUCAAACAAGGGAUGUGUAACGAGAACAGCAACUUGGAAACAGUAUCUGCUGGCACACCUGCAUCUGAAAAAAUGAUGCAAUGACUGGUGAAAUCACAGAGAAAAAGCUAAGCCUCGAUUCUGAACUGCCUGCCUUCACCACCUGUGUAUAUAUAAAGAAUUCUUCAAACUCUUCUUUUUACUAUAGAAAAUAAUGCAGAGCUGUUGGAAUUGGACUCACUGGUUUUCAGUCUUUCCAUCUCUUUCCUUCUAGACUCAGUGAUCUGAGGAUGUGGGGAAAUCUCCACUCAGUCUGUGCUCUGGAAAUCUGAUCACAAUGUUGUCUAUCCAGCUGCCUGUUUAAUAAAAGUAGAAACUCAGCAGAACAUCCUUCUGGGGAUUUGUUUAUCACUGCUAGAUAAUAGGAAUAUUUUUUAAUAGUGGCUGAAUAUACAGUGCCCAUUGUCUUGCUAAACACAGUGGUAGGCAAGUUGCUCCCAUCAUUGAAGAGGUAGGGCAAUAUGGGCUCUCAGGCAGCCAAUAAAUGUAUGAAGCUACCUGUUAAUAUAUCAUACCCCUAUUUAGUGUCUGUAUUUCCAUAAAUACCAUACCUUAAUUGUAUGUUUUAUAAUUAACACAAUCUAUUACUUUCUCAUAACUAAUUAUUUAACUCUUAAUAAUUGGUUUUAUUUUUUAAUUUUUGAGAUUAUGCCAUUGCUUUCUACCUACAGUGUGGGAAAGUCUAAAGAGAUGAAUCUACAAAUAUAUGUAAACCUCUAGAAUGGUAUUCUCCAACAUAAAUGUUGUAUGAGCCAUAUAUAUGUAUAUACAUACAUAUAUAUAAUUUAAAUUUUGAGUAGUUAGCAAAACAACUAGGUAAAAUUAAUUCUAAUUAUGUUAUCUAGCUCUAUACAUGACUCACUAAGUCAAGUAAUAUAAAUGUUUUACUUAAUAAAUCUUUGAUACUGGUAUGUAUUUUCCACUAUUAGUACCUCUAGUUUGGACCAGUCGUAUUUCAAGUGCUCAUUGGCCACAUGGAGCUGUAGGUAGCUGUAGUGGAUAAUGCAGCUAUACCAUGGAAUGACAGAGAUGGAAAAUCUGAAAACCUGAGAAGGAUACAUGUAUUAGAUAGGGAUGACAUGAAACAAAAUUUCUGGCUUCAGAAUUUCUGCUGAACUCUGCUCCUCUCAGACUCUAGUCGCUGGUGUUCUGUGGUUGUGGUAGGUACCAGAUUCACACCAGAAAGCACUGAGAAUCUUACAUAUCUCCAGCCACUCUCAGCUACAGACAAAAUGUUCACAGUGGGACUGACCUAUUUGGAUCUAGGAAGUUCAUUUUGUAUUUUCUCUCUGCUCUUUUUGUUUUUAUAAAUAAAUCUCCACUAAGCCAAAUAUAGGAUUUUAUGAUUGUUGUUGUCCUUUGUAACUGAAUGAAAAUUAGUCAUUCUUCAUGCUUUAUGUAUUUUUCUGUGUCAUCAAAAACAAGGAAUGGAUGAUCAGUAGCCAUUUGUCCAGGAUUGUUGAGCUAUGUUCCUGGUAAUUCUGCUAUGAACAGGAUUGAUUCAGAGAUUAUCUGAUAUGUCUCCUUCUUGCUCAUAUGUAGAAAAUCUGGAAACUCUCUUUCAUGAGCCUUUUAGAAAUAUGUUUGUCAUGUCAUUUUUAAUAUUUUGUUGAUGUCUAAUCAAGAAAACCUUUAUAUUUCAUAUUAAAUACAAUAUGCAUAAAACUCCUUG